AUGAGGCUCUUUGGACUCUCCACCCUCAUCAUUGCUGUGGGAAGCCGCCUCUUCACUGAGGCACAGGCCACUCCUAACCAACGUCUUCUUAAAAGAGUUGAGGCACAUCAGCACUCCCACUACUAUAGAUCUCGCCCUAUUAAGCAUGCCAUCGCAGAACCGAAAAUGGAAAACAUGACCAGUAUGACCACAGACCAAAAGAACACAUACUACAGCUCCAACUGGGCCGGUGUCGCCCUCCUCAACUCCAAUCUCCCUUCCACGCCAGCCCUCACCUCUGUCGCGGCCACCCUCACCGUCCCCGUGCCCACCUCCUCGUCCACAAAUGUUCAGGCCGCCUCCGCUUGGGUUGGCAUUGACGGCUUCAUUAAUACAGCCGCCAUCCUCCAGACAGGCAUCGACAUCGUCGCGUACAAAGGCGAACCGGGCUGCUACACCGCCUGGUACGAGUGGUACCCCGACAGCGCCGUCGAUUUCGACCUCACAAUCGAUGCCGGCGACGUCGUCGUUGCGACGGUCUAUUCGACUUCUGACUCGACGGGUGUGGCCAUCAUCCAGAACGAGAGCACCGGCGAGAGCGCAACGGCAACACUCCGUGCACCCCAGUCGACGGCCACGCUGACAGGUCAGUCAGCGGAGUGGAUUGUGGAGGAUUAUCAGAGCGGGGGGUCAACAGUGUCCUUCUCGGAUUUUGGGACCGUCACCUUUACCGGAGUUGUGGCGGGGGCAGAAGGGAAUCAGACGUUUGGGGUUGAGGGCGACGGGGCUGCGGUGGUGGAUAUUUUGAGUGGAAAUUCAAUUGUUGCGGAGGGCAGUAUCAUCAGCUCGUCAGAGAUCACGGUUCAGUGUACCACUCCUAGCGUAGUCGCAGUCCUCGGGAACACACGCCCCAAGAUCACCGAGCUGGACCUCGGAGAACCUGCUGUCGCCCUUCUGGUAGUUAACGAAGAUAUUGUCAAGUUUGACAUCUAA